AUGCUUGAAGUCGACGGAAGACAGUUUUACUUGUACGCAACCGAUCCUCUUGUGAAAAGGAUCGGUAUGCAGUGUUGGGUGUACUGUGCGGUAACCGCUCUUGAAGCUGCAAUAUGUGUGAAGUUUGGGCGGCACAUGUUCCCAGACAUGCCUGUCUACCCUAUUAUAGUGUGGAUAGCAUUCCUUAACACCAAGGAGAUGGAUUUUGAUGGCGAAAAACGUGUCUGUUACAUAGACUCUUCUCAUGAAAAUCUUGGAGCCAUUCAUGAUGAUGUUUGCCGACGUCGACGUGAUCUCGGAUUCUCCGAAUCUGACUUACAAUAG